AUGGAUAGUAAAAAUCCAUUACCCACACCUGAAAAAAAUAUUUGGUCACUUUUGUUAAAAGAUUUUUCUCAACUUCAACAAAAUCAAUUUCAAAAAUCUCAACAACCACAACAACAAAAUAAUACCAAUAUUAAUUUAAACCAAAAUAAUAUUAUUAAUAAUAAUAAUAAUAAUGAUAAUUUAAAUACUAUUAAUAAUAAUAAUACUAUUAAUAAUAAUAAUAAUAAUAAUAAUAAUAAUAAUAAUAAUAAUAAUAAUAAUAAUAAUAAUAAUAAUGAUAAUUUAAAUACUAUUAAUAAUAUUAUUAGUAAUAUUAUAAAUAAUAAUAGUAAUAAUGUAAAUUUAAAUAAUAUUAUAAAUAAUAAUAAUAAUAGUAAUAAUAUUAAUAAAAAUAAUAAUAAUAAUAAUAAUAAUGUAAAUUUAAAUAAUAUUAUAAAUAAUAAUAAUGUAAAUUUAAAUAAUAAUAGUAUUAAUUAUAAUAAUAGUAAUAAUGAAAAUAGUAUUAAUAAUAUUAAUUAUAAUAAUGAGAAUAGUAUUAAUAAUAAUAAUAAUAAUAAUAAUAAUUUUAUUAAUGAUAUUUAUAAUGAUGUAAAUAAUAAUAAUAAUAAUAAUGGUAAUAAUACAUAUGAUCAACAAGUAUUGAUGGAACAACUUCAAUUGUUAGAACAAUUACAACAACAACAACAUACAAUACAACAACAUUUAAGAGGUUACCAACACCAAUGUCAAAAACAAUAUGAACAACGUCAACAAGAUUAUCAACAACAAUAUCAACAACCAUAUAUAUCCCCAUCUUCAUUAUUAAUAACGAGUGAUGACAAUCAAAUCGAUUAUAAUCAACUAUUAUCAGGAAACAAUAUAAAUAUAAUAAAUUAUCUAUCAGAAAAUAAUCAACAACCUCAAACACUACCACAAUCAACACCAAUUUCACCACAAUUACAAACACAGUCUCAAGUAGCACCACAACAAAAACAACUACUACAACAACAACAACAACAAAAUGUUGAUCCACCUCCAAUAAGUCAAUCACCGUCAUAUUCAUCAAUAGCAUCAUUUUCAAUUGGUGAUCAAGUUAAUAAUAAUAUUAAUAAUAAUAACAAUAAUAAUAGUCAAUUUUUUCCAAUUUUGCCAACAAAUGUAGAUAUUUUACAACAAUCAAAUUUAAAUAAACUCCCAAUUGAUUUUAUAAAUAACAAUAAUAUUAACAUUGAAAAAUUAAUAAUGUAUAAUAAUAAUAAUAAUUCAAUUUUGUCAAAUAAUACAACACCAACAUUAACGCCAACAGUAACACCAACAUUAACACCAACAGUAACGCCAACAUUAACACCAACAGUAACACCAACAUUAACAUCAACUCCAUCCAACUCAACCUCAAUCUCAACAACAACAACAAACUCAACAUUAAAACCAAACUCAAAAACAACAACAACAAAUACAAAAACUAUAACAAAACUAAACAAAAAUGAAACUGGAAAUUUGGAUCAAACAAAUUUACAAAAUUCAAAAAUUGUGCCAAUUGAUUUAUCAUUACAAAUACCAAUUGAUAGUCCAUCAAGAAAAUCAUUAAAAAAGAUAAAUCAAAAUAUUGCAAGUAGAAAUUAUAGACAAAAAAAGAAAGAUUAUAUAAAAGAAAUUGAAGAGAGAAUGUUAGCAUUAUCAAUUGAAAAUGAUAAACUUCAUAAAGAGAAUGAAUCAUUAAAAAAGAUUGGAGGUGCUGAAGCUAUGAAAUUAGGACCUGAGCUAAUGAAAUUAAUGGUAGAUGGUAAUAAAAUCUUACUUGAAAUGAAAAAAUGUUUAGAUAUUAAUGAUGAAAGAACUCUGAUCUAUCUUUUACAUCAAUAUCAUUGUGUUGUUGAAAAAAGAUAUUUAUAUAUGGAAAAAGAGGUUGACAAAGUCGCCAAUCCAUACACACAAAUGAGAUUGGCAAAAGUUGGUUACACUCCAAAACAAAGCCUAUCAGGAAUUAAUAUUUUCCAAGGCCCAGAGGCUGAUUCAUGGAUUAAUUUAUUUAAAAAAGAGGUUAAUAUAACUCUUGAACAGUCAAAUAAAUUGGACUCGUUAAGAGCUCAAUAUUGUGCGGUCAGUGAAAAGAUUCAAUUCGAUCUUGAGAAAUUAGAUUCAGAGAUUAAAACUUUCUUUUUUGAAAAGGUAUUUGCAUUACAACUUGGAAAUGAUAUCACUGAUAAUAAUAUCGAAGGUAUACCAGCUUCAAAAGUACUUCCAAUUGAAAUCUUUGGUCCAUUAGAUCUCAAUGAACAGUUGGAUAUCAUUAAUAAAUUGGAAACUUUGAAAAAUAAAUUAACUCUUAAUUGUAGUUUAUUUUUAGACACUUUCUCUUCAAUUUCUGCAAUUUUAACACCAAAACAAGAAGCAGUUCUCUUAACAAAAGUUAACAUUUUCGCUUGUGCUAAUUCUUUAGAUUUCGAAUUGGUUAAAGAUGUUUGGUCAAACAUAAUUCAAAAUUCUUUUUCUGGUCCAAUUGAUAUUGGUGAGACUUUAAAAAAAUUAUUUAGAAACCCAACAAAUCAAUAA